UCUCUCGUGUUCUAUAAUUAUUUUUAAAAGUGUGUUUUCUCUUCAGGAAUGGCGAAAACCAGGACUUUCAACAGGAGGAGUUAAGAAAUUUUGGGCUCAGUUGUGGUCGUACGUCGAGGAUUACCUUUACGGGUGGAUUUACCACGUGCCUGAAUUUUGCUCAGAUGACCAUGGAAAUGCUACAGCAGUCAUAAGUAGCAUAAGUAGCCGUAACUGGAACGCAGCCAGAGAUAUGCAGAAAUAUAGGCGGCAUUAUCCGGGAUUGGAAGAAGCUGAGGUCAGCGAGGAAGAAAUGUGGAAUCUGAGCUUUUACAAAAAUGAAGUUAAUUUUUUGCCCCGGGGUCUGUACAUCGAAGAUCUCCUUGACAUGUGGCAAGAUAACUACAGCGUUUUGGAAGAAAACCAUUCAUAUAUUCAGUGGCUGUUUCCUUUGCGUGAACAAGGGAUGAAUUAUCACGCCAAACGCCUCACGCGCCAAGAAAUUGAGGCCUUCAAGAAAUCUAAAGAAGUCAUGGAGAGGUUCGUCCGGGCUUAUAAACUCAUGUUGAAAUUUUACGGCAUCAACUUAAUCAACGAGGAAACCGGAGAACUGAGUAAAGCGGAAAACUGGUGUGAGCGAUUCGGAAACCUCAAUCGGUACAGCCAUAACAAUUUACGGAUCACUCGCAUCCUGAAAUGUUUGGGCGAGAUGGGCUACGAGAACUACCAAGUGCAGCUGGUGGAGUUCUUCCUGUCAGAGACUUUGGUCCAUCAGCAGCUGCCUCGGGUGCUAAGGAGCGUCUUAGACUACUUCAUGUUCACCGUCCGAAACAAACCCAAACGUCGGGAGUUGGUCUAUUUUGCCUGGCAACACUUCAAGCCAAAACAUGAAUUUGUCUGGGGGCCUCACAAGAAACUCCGGAAAUUCAAACCUCCGUCCCUCAAACUACUGAAUAACCCAGAAGAACAAGAAGGCGCCAAGGAAGAAGAUGGAGAGGUUGUAGAGAAGGACAGUGUUGAGGCACGCCAAGCAAUCCUUCAAAGGCUUACAGAAAAACCUGGGCAGAAGGAAGCUAGAGAAACUCUGGAAAAAGAGGAACGUGGGUUGUCAGAAGAGAGUUGUGUUGCUCGCCACAAUUUAGACGCAACAGUACAACAUAACCACACGGAGCGGCCUGUAUCCAGCAUUAGUGCCACCUUGAGCCUUUCAGACAGUAACUCUGUGCAGGACAAAGAUAUCGGGAGGAAAACCAGCUCUGUAGAAGAUGGUGACCUGUUACAAGAUGGGGAGGUUGUAGAACCUCAGAUAAAGCCUGUGGAUGACUGUAAGACUUCCAAAAAUGCAAACCAAUCUCAGCUUGCAUUGGUGAUGCCAACCAAGGCAGAGAAGGAACACAGCGAAGAAGUUCUAGUACCUUCCGAUUGCCCGUUGGAAGACCCUGCCGAUGAGUGUGUGGGUGAAGCUGACGGAGAAAACCUCAAGGAAGCUAAGAAGAGGAAGCUAAGCAGAUUAAGUGGAGAUAUCCCUGGGGCCUCUAAAAGCCCCAGUGAUAUUGAGAGGAUCUCCUAUAAUCUGGGCGAGGUGGUAAUUACGAAGGAGGAAGUUAGCUUCUUGGCCCCCGAAGGUGGCAACGAGGACAUCCCAGAUGGGAAGGAGAUUGAAUCCCUUGAUACGGUGAUCAAGAGGCGGAAAGUAGACGUUGUACCCAAAAGUAGUUCUUUGGAAGAAGGCUGUGAGGCGAUCCCGUCUGAGGACCAAGGAGCAAGCUGUAGCACUCAUGAUGUUGAGGAGAAAGAUCUUGUCGGCCAAGAAGAAACCAAAAUGGCGGCUAAUCCUUCUGUAGACACUCUGACAGGACACAAGGCUGGAGGGGCGGAUGUGGUGGUUGAUUCCAACAAGGAGGACCUCCCUGGAGAUGGCUGUCAGCUGGGGAAAGUGAACGAACAAGAAGCUACCACUCCAACAAGUGAGGUCCCUUGGUUGUCUGAACCCAUAACAGCUCGUGAAAGGGGUGUGAGAAACAGUGCAGGAUGGAAGGAGCAGGACCUUGGAGAAACGUCUGAUGGUUUCCUUGAAAGGAAUGAAAGCUCCAAAAUGAAGGAACAUGAAAACACCAUGGUCAGGCCAGAAGUGUAGUCCUAUCCCAGAUUGGAUGAAAUACCAGAGGUCGGAACGGGGUGUGUCUUUUCAGAAGAUUCUUUCAGAAGCAGAUCAAAAUAACCCUUUGCUCGGUUUGUGGUCUGAUAUCUCCAGGUUUUUAUAAACAUGGCCCCUAGUUGACACCUAAGGGUGAAUCUUUGGGGUGACAGGUUACCACGCUUGUGUGGUAACUUGCACAUCUGUUUAUUCCAUUUCUAGAACUCUUUUAACUUUUAAUUAAUUGCCAGAGGGCUGUGUUCUAUUUUUAACAGAAAGCACUCACCUGUUCAGUACAAGGUAUGCCACCUUCUUACAGGUGUGUUUUCCAGGGUUUACUUGAUGAGCCGCAAGAAUGUUAUUUGCUAAAUUAAGUUUGUGUUUGUUAAAUAAAGAUCUUUAACUUUUGGA